CGUGUCGGUCGGAAAUACGUCACGUUUCUGAAGCUAAAGAUGCUCCAACUCCGCUGUGAGAGUGACUUUAACAUUAAGUUGUACUCUGUGGCAAACUUUGGCCACACCUAGAUCCUGUCCAAAAAAAAAAAAAAAAAAAAGCUUUAUUAUUUUUAUUUUUAUUUUUUUUAUUCUUCCUCUGGUGCGUUUGUUUGUGUGUCGGCGAGUCCCGGCGGCGUAACCGGAGAAGGGCCUCACAGAGAGGGGAAUGCAGGACUGCAAUGGAGCACAAUGCAAUACAGUGGUUGGGUGCUCCCUCCUGCCAGCGAGGCAGUUACGCCUUCUACAAGUCGGUUAGCAGCCAAGCUCAGCCCGACGGGCCCGUCCAGGUGUGGAAACUCGGCGAGUUUUACUUCAUCCGCUGUGGACCGCAGGAUCCUGCGUGCAUCGCCGAGGUGACCUUACUGUGGGAGGACCAGACCCGGCGCCACCUGCUGGCCAGUGCCAGACUCUACUUCCUGCCUGAGGACACACCGAAGGGCCGGACCAGGGAGCACGGCGAGGAUGAAGUUCUGGCGGUGUCCAGGAAGAUGGUGGUGCGGGUGGAGGACCUGGUGCGAUGGUCGUGUGCGCAGCCGGCAGGUUGGAGCAGCAGCCUGAAGGCGCUGGCGUGCGGGACCAACGGCCUCCACAAACCUCCGCAGAGCGGCGACGGCAGCAACGGCACGACGGACAAAAGCAGCGAGCCGCUCAAAGACAAAACUGAGAACGGCCCGGCGGAGCAUCACGCUGUCAAAGUCAUCAGCUACCCCCAGUACUGCCGCUUCCGCUCGCUGCAGCGGCGCAUCCAGGACGGAGCAAGGGGGUCUGCCCUGCAGGACCCCCACCUGCUGGCGCUGGGAGGCAUCAAGGUGACGCCCAACACCCGAGUCAUGUAUUGCAGGGACACCUUCAACCACCCGACGCUGGAGAGCAGCUCCGGCUUCUCCUGGCAGUUCAGAUGUCCUUCUCUCAGUCUGCGAGGACGACCUCGUAAGAGGAGAGGCCGCGACAGCAAAGACUCGCCAAACUCCAGCCAGUCGGAGUCGUGGAUCGAGAGGAUGAAGGAGAACGUGAUGGGCAGCGUGGAGGUUGGCUGUGACGGCGGCUGGCUCCCUCACCCCGAGGAGCAGCUGUUCCUCGAUCAGCUGUUCGCCUUCAUGGACCGCCACGGAUCGCCGAUCCACAAAGUCCCGAACCUGGGCUUCAAGAAGAUCGACCUCUUCCUCAUGUACUCUGUGGUCAAACGGCUCGGGGGCUACAAAAAGGUGACGACAGACCGUCUGUGGAAAGUGGUUUACAACGAGCUGGGCGGAUGCCCCGGCAGCACCAGCGCUGCGACCUGCACCAGGAGACACUACGAGAGGCUGAUGCUUCCAUAUGAAGAACACCUCAGAGCGGGCGGAGCAGAGUUUAAAGUCCCAGAAUCCCCGGUGGUGCCGAAGCCCAGAGGCAUCAGAGGCAGGAGACCACAUCCCAGAGGCAAAAAGCCGGGACCCAGACCCCGGGAGAGGAAGGUGGCCACACCACCUGCUGCUGCUUCUCCCACCAUGCAUGAUGACGUCCCAAACCCGAACGGCACCAUGUUGGCAAAGAGAGGUAGAGGCCGGCCGCCGGGCACGCGAAACAAGGCCACGGUGCUCGCUCAGGCAAAGCUGCUGGCACUGCAGCAGGCGAAGGUCAAAGGCAGCGCGGUGGAGAUGACGCAGCAACAGCUUCCAGCCGUGGGCCGCGGAGGAACUGCCGCCAGCGGCAUGCACAGGCCGGCCAUCCUGCCCAUCACCAUGCCCCUCACCCCGGACCUCGCCCCCCUCGCCGGCCCCUUUAUCUCUUUCCAGCCCAAACCGAAGGAGGUGAAGACGGAGCGAGGGGAGUCUGUGGUUCCCGCCACGGGCGUGCUCCUCUCCGCGCUGCCGCGCCACUUCAUCAGAGGCUCUCUGAGCGGCUUCAGCCCCAUCAAAGGCUUGUGUCCUUCGGACGUGUUCAGGAGCCGGCUGGGCCUGCAGAGGGGCCCCGAGAGCCCUGCCCUGACGCCCCAGGACCCGAGCCAGCACCAUCCAAUCAUCUACACCCCACAGCCGAAGAGUGGGAGCCCAGACACCCCUCACCCGAGUGGGGAGCAGCCACAGCCCCACCCCCUCCAGCAGCACCACACCCAUUGCUCAGGGUGUAACAUGGACGAGGGGGGGCCGAGAGGAGGCGGGCGAGAGGCUAGAACCCGGCCCCCCAUGCCCCCCCUCCGAGUCCUUCCCGUGAACCUUGACUGCAGCGUUCAGGUGUGUCAGCUGAUGAGGACUCGUUGCUUGGGCCCGUCCCAGCUGCAGAUGUUCACGCGGUGCCUGUCCGAGGCUCUCUCCCAGGACCUGAACGCCAAGCCCACCCCUCCCCCCGAGCAGGCGCUGCCCCUCAACCUCAGCAAACGGUUCACGCCGAAGAGACCCGCCGCGGAAGGGCCGGAGCCGAGCCGGGCCGUCGUCAAUGGGAACGCCGACCAGCUGCCGGCCAAGAGAGUGAGGACUGGCUUCACAGAGCCAGCUGAGGAAACGCGCUCCAGCUCCGCAGGAAGUGCAGCAGGAGGAGCGGCGGUGGUGGGAGGAGGAGGGCAGGUCGAGGUGGAGAUGAAAAACCAGGAUGAACCCGCAGAUCUGAGCUCGCCCAGCAGGAUCCGGGCCUUCCUGCUCGGCCUGCCGCCCUUCAAAGUCAAACUGGAGGAGGAUCUGAAUGGCGUGCGGUUCGGGAAGUUCGUCCCUAAAGUCGAGAGCGGAGAGGAUCCGCUAAAAGAUGUGAAGAAGGAGGAUGAGGAGGAGGUGGCAGUAGAAAAGAUGGCGAUGGAAGGGAGAGACUGCGGAGACUGCUCCAGCCGCGGCGCCGCCAAUGCUGACACGCAGUGUUUUUAACCCCCGCCGCUCUGAUUUGUUGGAAGAUGCCCUAUCACGUCAGCGCCUGAACCCACGGGAGCGCGGAGCUUUCGUUUCUCCAUCUUCACCAACUCUUCCUCUUCGCGUUUUAGUUUUUUUUCCACUCACGUCGUCGGACGAACUCUUUGGAGGAACGACGGCUCAUGACAAUCACGCAUCUCACCGGAGACGAGACACGGACUCGGACACACACUGCCAUAACCUCCAUAACACUACGAUUGACUCCGCCGUCAGAGAUCCACAAAGUCAGAAUCAGUGUCCAUCUAUGGGUGAUGCUAUGCAUCGGGACUUCAUUAACUAGCAUUAAGAGUGUACUGUAGUUUGUAGCUUUUAAAUUGUACUCUACGUCUGUAGAGACAGAGUUAUUUUCUGAUAAGGUGUUUAGAUGUUACGUGAGCAAAAGAAAAAAGAAGCAGCUCCUCUCAGUCUUCACGUUAUAGCUCGUUAAGUGAAGCGUUUAUAGUCCUGUUCGUUAGCUCUAAUGAUGUAAACUUUCUCACACACGUGCCUUAAAUCGGCCUGCGAGCUGCUUCGUCGCCGGCUUCAAACACAUUCUCUUAAAGAGAUACCUUGAUGUUGGACCUGCGUCCCUCAGCUCUCUUGUAGAGCUGCUUCCAGGCCUGAGAAAAAUUGGCGUUUCAGUGUUUCUCAGAGUUCGUUAAGCUCGUAACGACUGCGCGGACCCUCCACCUCAUUGGUUUCCUUAUAAAACCCUCAGCAGCUACGAUGGCGCCCUCAUCACUACCAGCCUUCACAUUAGAGCUCGUACCAAACUCGUAGCCCAAGCAUUCAGACUACCUCAGGUUCUUUUAUAGUUUCUCGCCUGCUUCAUAUGUUCAAGGGGAGUAUCCCAGCAUGCAUUAGGGUAGGAGGCCAGUCCAUAAAUGCACAUAGAUGGAUGCCAAGCAUGUGGAGUUAAACUGUUAAAACACGUCUUCUCCCCAACUCCUACCAACUGUUAGGAACUACUUUUAGUGGCGGAUUGAUCCGUAUAUAGGGGUGUUUAGGGCAGCGUGAGAUCAGAAAGUUCCAGCACAGCUGCUCGGGAGGCAGGCACCGGCUGACCUCCAGCGUUGAUUUUUCAGCUUCUUUUUAAUUUCUCAAAGUGCACAAACUCAGACGGAGGGAUCUGAGGGAGGGGUUCAGGAGGUGAGCAAAGAUUAGGAAUCACCUGGUGCAGGUGAGGGAUAAAUUCACGGUUUACAACUUGAUGAAUGUGGAGAACAUGACGGACUUCACCUGCUGAGCCUGUCAGGAAGUCUGGAGUCUUCGUCUGGUUCGUAGAGCGAACGCUCGCCAUCCGUGAUGGUCAGAGUGCGACUCCGUAGCUCCAACUCUGGACCUCUCAGAGAAGAGGAUCUGUAAUGUGAAACCAGGUUUCCGGUCCUUUGACGGGCCAAUAUCUGGGACUUUCUGAUCACCUCGUCGCGGUUUCCUGCGGCUUCACGAGCGCUCGAGUCGUCUCCAUCCAGACCUCAUUGCAUCUCGUUUUGAGAGCAGCGAGACGAUUCUGCGCCGCUCUCCGAUGCGUGUCGGACCUGUUAGUUCAGUUUCUGUUUGAUUCAGUCGUGUUUAGGAAAAAGCUCCACCAAAGACUGCGAAACGGAUCCUUCAUCACUUCAUCAUCAUCAUCCUGUCAUUUAAAGUGCAUAUAUGAAACCCAACAAACAUCAAGGUAUCCCUUUAAGUCGCCUUUUCCUGUUUGUUUUCUGCCACAGACGUUGGUUCAGAUUUGCACACCUACUGUACACACUCGCUUUUCCUCGUUUCCUUUCUUCCUGCCCGAGUAGUCGAAUCAACUACGACACCGAAAUUAAGUGGUGCUGUUUGCUUAGUUUUGUUGCCAUAUUAUUGUUGCUAUUAUUGUUGUUGUUCUUUUCAUCGCCAUCACGCGUCGAGAGGAAAAGUUCCUCGUAGCCGACCUAAUUUUCCUGAGAAUUUUAAGAAAGUCUAUUUUAAUUAAAAGAAACCGUGGCUUGUUUAUGAAAAUACGUGCAGGACUUUUUCCUCCUGAUUUAUUCGACUGUUGGCUUCAUGUGAGGCAAAUCGUUUGUGAAUGAGUACGCGAGUAGAGAUGUACACACUCAGUCGGUCGUAGCUGGGCAGACGCACCAAAGUACUCGACCGGGACUUUUCCGUGACCUCUGUCGGACUUUUAGGACUUCAGGAUUUUCUUCUUCACUCGUGGGGAAAAUGAGCAGUAACCAGGAGACGAUGGUGAAUACCGGUAAAUACAAAGUCAUAUUCCCCUUCAUGCAGUAACAACAGUGAGAACAGGGUAACUACUGUACAUAAUGGCUCUGCUUCUUCCUGUCAGUACACCUUUAUUUAUUGUAGGUGAGGCGCUUCAGAGGGAACGAGUUCAUAAACCUCCAAACGGUUCCAAAAAACGCAUGUACUCUCGGUUUUAUCGUCCUGCAGACGCAGCGUGUCUUUUCAGGCUUUACACUCGAUGUUACACAAGAAAUGUGACAGAAGUGGUUGUGUGCAAGUUUUCCACCUGCACCUUUAGCUUUUGGCGAGCUGUACCGCUUACUUUAACGCACAACUUAGGACUUUAUCAAAGGGGACCGAUUCUGCUCAUUUCCAGCUCUUUAUUUUUAUUCUUCAACUCUACCAGAGCAGCUUUGCAUGACUCAUAGCUCAAAAUAAUCCUUAUUGUUAUUAAACUGGGCUUUAACUUUAUCGUAUGUCUAAAACAAGCUGUUUUAGCUCCAGUGUCUUUAAGGAAACCCUCCUGAAAAGCCUGCUUUCCUCUGAUUGUCCAACUGCUGUAAGCCUCCUGAGGGGCAGCAGCCAGUAAAGCCUACAGUAGAGUGGCAUGUGUGCAGAUGACCCCUUAAAAGCACCCCAGGAGUAACCGAUGAAGACGAGGUCACAUUUCAAAAAAUGACUGGGUUUGCAUCAAAUGUUAGCGAGGGUGGUCUUUGCAUGUUCAGAUGUUCUUGGAAGAACCCGGAAACUUUCAAUGAUUUUCAAUCCACGUCUUUAUCGAUUAAUACUGAGGUGCUAGAACUUGUCACUAAGGGUACCCUCGCUGCCAAAAAGCAGGUGUUUGAAGCGCAGUUAACUUCACAAAACUUUCUUCUUCUUCACAAAAUCGCUUCACUCGCCAUUAUGUCAUCCUGACCUUUGAAUCAACUCGUCUUCCUCUGUCGUAGGACCUCGUUCACUUUGAUUCACCUCAGCUUCUCACUGGGCGCCUCCCAGUCAAACCAUAACUCCACUGGACCAGUUUUCUCUUUAAUCUCUUAAAUCUGUUUAUUUUUAGCUGCAUUUAUUGUUGACGAGGCAAAGUCAGGUGAAGGGAGGUCUUCUAGUUUAGAGCUGGAGAAUCAGGUGAAACCAGUGUGAGACUAGGUUUGUUCCUGGUUAUUUAAACUGAGUUUGUUAAAGUUUCUUUAGGUAUAAUUUCAGUCUUUUUUUUCUUUUCCCAUUUGAUCUUAAAUUUUCCAAUGUUUACAUUUUGUUAUGCAUGUUCAGCAGAUCUUAUAUCCAGUGUUUUGCACACUACUCCAGCAUCAAGACUCAAACGGCACUGCUCAUUUCUGUAAAGUUCUUCAAAUUUAAGUGCCUGAUACUUUGGAUUGGAGUUGAUACUUGCAGGCGAAUGAGCUCAUUGGCCUUCACAACAUUGACUUGAACAACGGCUCCUGCAGUCGGAUGGCGUUUCUUUGACCUGUUGGGUGAAAUGAGGUAAAGCCGCGGUGUUGGAGGCAGGACGCUCGCUCAGCUCCGUCUGUUGGAGCAAACUGGACCUAACGAGGACGCCGAGUAGCUGGACGGACAUUCAUGAAGAAAAAUGAUCAAAUCUUUUUUAAAAGGUGCUGCACGCCACAUUUUAACAUCUGACGUUGCUGCAUCAAUGUGACUGUUAAAAAGAGAGAAAGCUUUCCUCUGGCUUCUAUAUCAGUGUCAAAAAAUUAGCUACAUGUCAGAUGCUCCUAAAGACGACUAUUUUAAUCAAUUCUGUAUUUUUGAAUAAACUAUUGAAUGUUUGGCCGAAUAAAGUGUUUCAAAAAAAUAUUAGAAAUUUUUUAAACUGAGUUAGAAUUCAGCAGAUUUAAAAAACUGGGACGUUGUUGUUUCUACUUAUGUGAUUUUCUUUAUUUCCUGCUGCACAUCUCCUGCUCCAGGAGAAGAUCAAAGUUUCAAAUGUUGGUCUAAGUCCUCCUGGCUCUGUAUGACAUCACAGAGAGGGGAUUUCCCUUGUAUGGUCCUCUGGCAGAGAAAUUAAAUGUUUCCAGGUGUUAAAAAUGCUGCUUGUGGCACCUUUAAAAACUCUUGGAUGUUACACACUGACGAAUGUCUCACUCACAUCUGCCUGUGAUCUCAUUUUUAAAUCACCUGACACGUUUUUGUUUUUUGUUUUCAUGAUUUUUGUCCCGUUUUGUUUUUGUUUGUUUUUCCCCAUGGAAACGAACCCUGGAUCAGCAGAAGCAUCUCGUGUGUUUUUUUUUCUCUGCAACCUGAGUUGAACUUUUGGUCUCAGUCAACCGAAGAGAACGAACGCUUCCCCGAGAUGUUUGAUUUGAACUGCAGGAGUUUGUUUUUAAGCCCUCUCGAUUGAUUAUGUUAAACAGAACUUCCUUUUUGUUUCUGUAAACAGCUAGCAGUGUCAGGUACCAUUCCAUUUUAACACUGUAUAUUUAUAAUAAAAGUAAUCUGUUAAUAA